AUGGAUGAUCUUUCUGAAAAUAGUAGUCAAGAUGGCUCAGACAAGGAAACUCACGUCAAAAAAGGUCGCAAAGCGACACGGAUGAAAGACAUACAAACAUCAGACGGAGAAAAGAAACCUGUUACAUUCAAUCGUUAUUUUGAGGCAACCGGGCCAGAUCCAAAAACUAAGAGCAAGUUUAAUAGCUACAUCGCCCUUCUAGGACGUAGCAAAGUCAGCAUCUUGAUACCGGACUGGAGAAAAGUGACUGAUAGGAAUAAAGAGCAAAUUUGGCAAGCUUUAUCGGAGCACUAUGAAUUGUCAGAUAAAGAGAAAUUGAGAAAGAGAGUGUUUUCACGUGCUGGGGAUGGUUGGAGGGCUUUCAAAACUAAGCUCAGUAGAGAAUACAUAUUUGGAGAAAAGAUUGGUUUGCUCCCGUAUGACGAUGGUUACCCUUUUCUGGAUGCAGACACUUGGAAGGCUUUUGUUGCAUCCCGUCAAACUCCUGAAUUCUUGGAAAUCAGAAAAAAGGCUCAGGAGUCACAAUCGUAUAAUCUAAAUCCGCACAUAUUAUCUCGUGGAGGCUACUGCCUUUUGAUGCAGAAGAUUAUGGACGAGAAAUAUAGGGCAAGAAAAGAGGCCUCCAGUGAUCCAUCCGAAAUUAUUCCACCCCCAUCUCCUCCUUCUCGUCAUGAAUUAUGGAAAAGAGCUCGUAUAACAAAGAAAGGAGAUUAUGUCUCAAAGGAAGCCAAAAUUGUUGCUGACAAAAUUGAUUCUUUAGAGGAACAAUGCACUCAGGGCAGUUUCAAACCUGUUGGGAGAAACGAUAUACUCGCAACAGCGUUAGGAAAGCCGGAGCAUCCCGGGCGUGUGAGGGGAGUGGGGAAGGGUGUUGGGAUCAAGAACUUCUUUGGGCCGUUGAACUGUUCAAGUGUAGGGAAAGAUAUGGUCUCGCGAGAUGAGAUGAAAACUAUCAUCAGUCGUAGGAUUGACGAAGUGAAAGACGAAUGGAAAAAUGAAAUAAUGAUGAUGAUCGGCAAAAGCUCUUCGAUUGCCCACAGUCCUAAUUCUCCGAGGAUCCAAAGCACUACAGAGAGUUGUGCUCCAAAUGUGUUAUCAUUGGAUGAACUUAACGAGGAUAAAGAAUGCGAGUUGUAUGUGGAGAACCCAAAAAAAAUUUUGGUUGCAUACGGACGUAUCCAUAACCUUGGGCCAACCAUUCACCACAAGAAGAUGAAUGAGGAUGAAGUGAGGGUUGUCGUGUCACGUGUAGUCGUUGGAGAUGCGCCCGUGCCAUGCCCGACAGAGGAGGUCACAACCGUAGAAGAAGCGCCAAAUAAUUUCAUUACUUGGCCUCGUAGGUUGGUUAAAGGUGCAAAUGCUAAGGAUAAAUUUCAGUCGAAGCCAGUGACACCAGUACCGAUUAUCGAACCUGAGACAGAUGCCGUGACAACUUUGUGGAUGAAGGCACGUUAUAUAAAACAUCCAAUUUGCAUAAAUAUGCCGACUGAGAUUUUUGGCGAGAAAAGAGAUUUGUACAUAUUUCAGAAGGACAUAAUGGAGUUGUUGCAAAGUCAAAAACUUUGCAUUUCUAUCAUUGAAUUCUUCAACAUGUAUCUCUAUAAUGUGCUGAAAAAAUCCGAGAAAGAAAAAAAAUUUGGAUUUUUGUGCCCGCUCAAAAUUCAAACAAGGGGCAACAAUAAGGAAGAGAUAGAAGGGUAUAUUGCGAGAAGAAUGGGAGAAGAAAAUUACGAGUGUAUCUUUGCACCGUACAUUAGCGAAGAACACUGGCAGUUGAUGAUACUUUGUCCCAAACAAAAUAAAGUGGUUUGGUUGUGCUCGUUGAGAAGAAAUCCCAACACAGAGUUGAUAAACAAGAUUAACAGUGCAUUUCGUGCAUACUUCAUGGUUAAGGGAAAACGUAACCUUAUAAGAGAGAAGCCUAAAUGGGUUCCACUUAAGUGUCGAAAACAAUUGGGAGAAGAAGCAUGUGGAUAUUUUGUUAUGCGGUAUAUGCUCGAGAUUAUAUCACUUGACAUUACCGACUCGUUUGAAGAG